AGUCCUUGGCUCAUGCCAAGAGGGGCGGAGCCGCAGUGCCUGGGCCCCUGAUCUUCGCUUUGAGCUGGCGCGGCCAAAUGGAGACAGAACCCGUGACGCAGAGAGUUGCGGAUACUCCUUCCUCGGAGCAAGAAUCGGUGGGCAUCCGCACGUUUCACGCAGAAACCGAGAAGGCUGUGGAGAACGAAGCCGCGGAGGAGAUGAGUGACGACGUGACCGAUGCCGUUUUCGAGGCGGUGUUGCGGGAAUCCGCCGCCAACGUUGCGUUCAAGGAGCAAGCGGAGUUGGAGCAUGCCAAGGCCAGCACCAUCGUGCCGGGACCUGGCGACGAGCAGAUGAGCUUCUCCGCUAUGGCAUCGGAGGAGCCACCCUUGCUGGGGGCUGCGUACCAGCAGAUCUCGGUGCUCAACACGCAGCUUGCACACCUCUACACCGAGCUCACGAUGGCUCGAACAGAGGCCGCCAGCCUGAAAGCCGACAAGGAGGCAGAGGCCGGCGGUGGCGCAAGCACUGCCAACGCCGACAAGACGGCGGAGGCGCUGCAGCUGGCACAGACCGAGAGCCAGCGACAAGCUCAGCAAAUUGCUGACCUCGUCAGUGACAUUCGUCACCUUCAGCUGGAUCUGGAAUACCACCAGCAAAAGGUCGACCAGCUGCUGGAGGAAAAGCAAAUCAUGAUGAAGGACAUGAAGGCCCUGCAGCAGGAGGUCGCGGAGGCCCGGCAGCAGCUGGAGGAGAAGGACCAGCUCCUGAAGCACCAGGAGGUGGACCUCCUUCACCACCGCCAGAGGGAACAGCAGAGCCCACGGGGUGGCAAGGAAAGCGAUGAUGGCAUACUCGAUGCACUUCGCACAGAGGCUGCUGCCAAAGAUAGCGCGCUCAUCGUCUCGCACUACGAGCUCCACAAGGAGAAGUUGAUGCGAGACAGACUCGAGCAGAAGAAUCUCAAGCUCAUGGAGAGGAUGCAGAAGCUCAUGAUGGUGGUUGAAACCAUGAGGAAGGACAAUGUCAACUUGGAGCGCAGCCUCCAAUCCAAAGACAGGAUGUAUGAGGAAAAGGAUGCUCAGCUCCGGAUCAUUAUGCAGAAGGUUAGGCAGCUGCAGAAGACCAAGGGUGGCAAGCCGAAAGCUGCCUCCAAAGCCAAGGCUCCAGCGCUGGAGCUGGAGGGCUCGCAGAACCUACCGCCCUUGGACUCUGCCAGAAGAGGUGGUUCUGCCAGUGGCAGACGCAGCGGCCAGUCCACGCCGCGCAGAAACGGGUCGCCCUACACCACCAGAGCUUGAGAGGACCUCACCGGGUGCACAGGGCUGAAUCUUUGAAGCCAGUUAGAGCACAAGGCCUGGAGAAAACUCCGCUUGUGCCACGGAACUUUGCUUCCAUCCCGGCUUGGCAAUGCUUGCGUUGCUUACUCCGGGCGGGUUCCCGGAGUUGAGGGGUUUCACACGGCGACGCCGUUGCUCUUUUGAGCUGGGUCUUGCAACGGACCCGAAGGUAAUGUCAGCGGGCAUAGAGGCACGAUAAUAUCGGCCUUUCCCCUGCCGUUUGUCCAGUUGCCGGCGGCUUAGUGCCAGUCCAAAGCGAUCUGCGAAUCGCCAGCUAGCAGACUGCCAAGGGUAGUACGCCUGGUUUGGGACCUGACCGGCAAAAGCGCGGAGUGAACA